UUCCUCCCAGCACAUUCCUGCACUCCGCCUGCGUCCACACAGCCCCACAGACCCGGUGCCCUGAGCCCACUGUGGCCCCCCCCCGAAGCCCCUGCGACUGGGUCUUGCCACAGUGCCAGCAGGUGGCCCUGGGCUGGGGGCCGGGGGCUCCCUCAGGCCACGCAGCCCUGAGACCUAAGAGGGCUACCCCUCGAGGGUGGCCAGGCCCCCGGCGGCCGCCCCGAGUGCCACCUCUGCCCCCCGCCCUUCUGGCCCCUGGUCCCACCGGCUCCCCACAUGCCUGGCUGAAACCCAGCAGUGGCCCCAACCGCCCACGCCUCCUCCUGGCCCCCAGGGUUGGCGCUGCAGCAGACAACUCCUUGGGCACCAGGCAGCUCACAGCCGCGGCCGCCGGCCCGAGCAGCAGCAGCAUGGGCAGCGCCAGCCCGGGCCUGAGCAGCGUGGCCCCCAGCCGCCUCCUGCUGGCCCCCGAUGCUGUGCUGCGGACAGGCCUGGAGAAGGUGGCUGUGGGGGCAGCAGGGCCCGAGAGCCGAGACUGGAGCCCCAGCCCCCCCGCCACGCCCGAGCAGGGCCUGUCCGCCUUCUACCUCUCCUACUUCGACAUGCUGUACCCCGACGAUGGCAGCUGGGCCGCCAAGGGCCCCGGGGCCAGCGCUCGGGACGAGCCGCCUGAGGAGCCCGAGCAGUGCCCGGUCAUCGACAGCCAGGCCCCUGGGGGCGGCCUGGACUUGGCGCCGGGCGGGCUGACCCUGGAGGAGCACUCGCUGGAGCAGGUGCAGUCCAUGGUGGUGGGCGAGGUGCUCAAGGACAUUGAGACGGCCUGCAAGCUGCUCAACAUCACCGCAGACCCCGUGGACUGGAGCCCUGGCAACGUGCAGAAGUGGCUGCUGUGGACAGAGCACCAGUACCGGCUGCCCCCAGUAGGCAAGGCCUUCCAGGAGCUGGGAGGCAAGGAGCUGUGCGCCAUGUCGGAGGAGCAGUUUCGCCAGCGCUCGCCCCUGGGCGGGGAGGUGCUGCACGCCCACCUGGACAUCUGGAAAUCAGCGGCCUGGAUGAAAGAGAGGACCUCCCCGGGGGCCAUUCACUACUGCGCCUCCGCCAGCGAGGAGAGCUGGACUGACAGCGAGGUGGACUCGUCCUGCUCCGGGCAGCCCAUCCACCUGUGGCAGUUCCUCAGGGAACUGCUGCUCAAGCCGCACAGCUACGGCCGCUUCAUCCGCUGGCUCAACAAGGAGAAGGGCAUCUUCAAAAUUGAAGACUCGGCCCAGGUUGCUCGGCUCUGGGGCAUCCGCAAGAACCGUCCAGCCAUGAACUACGAUAAGCUGAGCCGCUCCAUCCGCCAGUAUUACAAGAAGGGCAUUAUCCGGAAGCCCGACAUUUCCCAGCGCCUUGUCUACCAGUUUGUGCACCCCAUCUGAGGGCUACGGGCCAGACCCUAGGCCCGAAACCUCCCUCCUGCCUGCUCCUGAGCAGAGGGAGAGGGCCGUCCGCUGGCAUUCAGAGUCUGGGGCCAGGGAGGGGACGGCCCGCUGCUCCCAGGGGCCUCUCUGGGGCCUGAGGUGGGGGUGCUUCCUCCUCAGGCCUGACUGCGCAUGUGCCCAUGGAGGGGGCCAGGGCUGGACAGGGAAGGCCUUCCCUCCCCCCCAGCCUCUGACCCCAGGAUUUCCAGAGCAGAGCCGACAGAAAUGGCAGUGACUUGGCCAAGGCCACUAAAAGUCCGUCCAGUGCUCUCUGUCACCCAUCCUGCACCGUGCCUGGCAUGGUGUUAGGAGACGUCUGCACCCCUGAAUUGGGGAGCCAGGAGUUCCCUUGGGAAUGGAUAAUAAAGGUACCAGAGAACUGAUACA